AUGGAGAUCUCGUCACCACCGGUGUCGGGGCUUGCUUCCAACGGCCUCGCGUCGCCUACCCCUUUCCCGACCAUCGAGCCAGAGCGCGUGCUGGACCACCUCGUCGCCGUCUGCCAGGUCGCGCUUGGUGCGACCAAGGAGGAACUUGAGCAGCCAGGUAGCCUGCUGAGCAGCUCGUGGCAUGCCGAGACGGUCGCUCGCUGCACGCGAUUUGCCAACGACAACCAAAACGUGCUCUACAUUCAAAAGGACGUUGCUGCGUCUUCUGCGGCAGACGCUGGAAGCGAUGGUGUCGCCCCUUCAUCAUUCCACUAUACGCUUACCACCGAAAUCUUGUCGUCUGCCACGACCGUUGCCUCUCUCGUCCUACUGAAGUCGCCGCAGACCAUUGAUCCGACUCGAUCCCUUACAUCCCAAAUAUUCAUCACGAACUUGCCUGGACCUGCUGCACUCAACGCUGCUGUUGGAGAGCAGGGUACCGGCAUCUCUCCAUGGGAGGUGCUGCACUCGCAGGUGCACCAUGCUUUGGUACCGUACUUUGACGCAAACACCAAGAGCCAGCUAGCCGCCAACGGUCUGCGUGGCCGUGCGGACAUCGAUGCAAAGACUGGUAUUCCUGUCACUAAGAAGAGGCUCAACGAUCUGGAGAUCAGCCUGCUUCACUUACAGCAAAACGUCGACAUCCCGGAGAUAUCCUUGACUUUCCACUCCAUUGUCCAGAACGCCCUUGAAGAAGCCGAGUCUCGCCACAGCCAACCUACCAUCGAUUCUAUACCACCGACACUGCUUCAAGACAGCACUUUCCUCAACCGCUUGCAGACUAAUGUCAACACAUGGAUCAAGUCUAUCCAGGGUGUCACGAAGAUGACAAAAGAUGCAUCAUCUGGCACCAAUCAAGAGUUUAGCACCGCAAGCCAAGAGGUCAAUUUUUGGCUGUCCAUGGAGUCAGCUCUGGAAGGCAUCGAGGGGCAGCUUCGCAGCGAGGGCGUUCUGUUAACCCUCGAAAUUCUCAAGAAUGCCAAGCGCUUCCAGGCGACUGUCAGUUUCACCGCGGAUACCGGCCUCAAGGAAGCUAUGGACAAGGUACAAAAGUACAACAUGCUCAUGCGAGAUUUUCCCUUGGACGAGCUACUGUCCGCGACAUCUCUACCCAAGGUUCAGGAAGCUAUUGCCCAAAUUCUAGGUCAUCUUCAAAAGAAACUGAGAGUUUGUCCCUAUCCGAUCCGUAGAGCACUGCCGCUGGUCGAAGCUAUCUCUGCCGAUUUGGAUGAUGUGCUUCACCGACUGCUCCCAGGCACGGAAUUUGUCAACCUCGACUAUCAGCAAUUUCAGACUAUUAUGCGCACAUGUGAUGACAUCUUCGAAGCUUGGGAAGACAACGUCAAAGACUUCACCAACACGGCCCGUGAAGUGACUCGCCGCAGAAACGAAAAGUUUAUCCCCAUCAAGAUUAACAAGAAGCAUUCUGAACUUGAGGCACGCAUAAAGUAUGUUAGCACCUUCCGUGACAACCACGAACAGCUUCAGCGCACCAUAGUCAAUGUCCUUGGGCCCGACGCUACAAUUUCUGGGACUGCGGAGACGACUGCGACAAAUGGCGUUGUGAUGGAGGAGAUGGGCGACGUUGAUGCCGUCGAAGAGGUCCAACAAGCUUGGGAAGCCCUGCAAAAUGUUGACCUCUUGGACGUCAGCGAGCAAGGCAAGGAGCGUUGGGUACUGGCAGAGAACCUCUACAAUGAGCGCACGACAAGAGUAGAAAACUCCAUCAUUGCGCGCCUUCGUGAUCGCCUCGCGACUGCCAAGACCGCCAAUGAAAUGUUUCGCGUCUUUUCCAAGUUCAACGCGCUUUUUGUGCGCCCAAAAAUUCGUGGUGCCAUCCAGGAAUACCAAAACCAGCUCAUGGAUCACGUCAAGCAGGCCAUCAACGGUCUUCAUGAACGAUUCAAGCAACAGUAUGGCCACUCGGAAGCUCAUGCAAUGGCCCAGCUCCGUGAUUUGCCUCCCGUCUCAGGUGCAAUUAUUUGGGCCCGACAGAUUGAAUUUCAGCUGGACGGUUACAUGCGCAAGGUUGAGGCUGUUCUUGGACCUGACUGGACUCUCCACGCCGAGGGCCACAAGCUCCAGGAAGAAAGCGAGCUCUUCAAGCACAAGCUUGAUACCGCCCGUAUCUACGAGGCUUGGCUUGCCGACGUCGGUCGGCGCAAGAUUUCCAUCUCGGGCCAACUUUUUGAUAUUGCGCGUGUGCGAUCUGCCGGCGGUAUUCUCGAGCUUGCUGUCAACUUCGAUCCUCAGAUUAUUACACUGUUCAAGGAGACUCGUAACCUGACAUGGCAGUCCUACUCUGUUCCUCACGCCGUCACUACUGUCUCCAAAGAUGCCAAGCGCGUUUAUCCCUACGCCGUCAGUCUCAUGGAGAGUGUAAGAACUCUAUCCCAAACUCUUCGUCAAAUAUCUACCAUGGGCGAGGAGGCUGUUCUGUUGAACGGUUAUCGCAACGACGUCUACAAGCUCAUUGCUGAUGGUGUUCCUUUGCGAUGGGAGUCUUUCAUCAACUCACAUGAACUUUUUUACACCGACCAGAGACAUGCCCGCACACUCCUCCCUGGCGCCAACGACUACGGCUUGUCGAAGAACACAGAAAGCAAACACGGCAUGUUUAUUCGUGGACUCGCAGCGGCAGUGUCUGUGCUGCAAACCAAGGCCGUUGCUCUGGGCUACAUCCACACCACUGUUGAGCAGGCGCUGAAGGAGCUCAGCUCGUGCGACUACGAAUCUUCUGCCUUUCAGUCGAGGCUUGAUACUAUUCAGGCUGCAGUCGAUCAGCUCAAUCUGGAACAAUAUGUCAACCUUGAAUUCUGGGUGCGAGAUCUGAACAAGAAAAUCCAGGCUGCCCUGCUUGACCGUCUGCACAUCGCUAUUCAAUCAUGGAUCACUGCAUUUGAAGACGAGACUCCCGAAGGCACCCGCCGCAAACCAAUCUCUGAAGCGGAAUCUAAGCCUGCAGGCCCGACCAUGAAGCGCCUUGUUCUGGAAGUGGCCAUGCGCAACCAAGUCAUCUAUCUGGAUCCUCCAAUGGAGCACGCCAGAGCCAGCUGGUUCUUGCACUUGCAUGAGUGGCUCGGCAUUGUGUGCAACCUGCGCAAGAUCAAAGCUGCUCGUUACCAAAUGAGCCUCAAUACAACCGUUACUGACGAGCCUCGCUUUACUGAUCUGCCCACCGAGUGUGCCGACACACUUAAACGCGUCUACGUCUCUGUCGAGAAAAAGCUGCAAGAAAUCAGUGCCUACGUCGACAAGUGGCUGCAAUUCCAGUCUCUCUGGGAUCUCCAGUCUGAACAGGUUUAUGACAUGCUUGGUGACCAUCUCCCCCGCUGGCUGGAGUGCUUGCAAGACAUCCGAAAAGUUCGCACCACCUUUGACACCCAAGAGGUCAGCCGCUCCUUUGGUCACCUCACCAUUGAUUACGACCAAGUGCAAACGAAAGUCAACGCCAAGUACGAUCAGUGGCAGCAGGAAAUUCUAAUCAAAUUUGCUGGUCGCCUCGGAACUCGCAUGCGUGAAGUCAACGCCGACAUUGAAAAGGCUCGCAAGAGUCUUGAGGGCCAGAGCUCUGAUACAUCGUCCACGGCCCAGGCUGUCCAGUUCAUCACCGCUGUACAGACCUGCAAGAGAAACGUGAAGCUGUGGGCGCCUGAGAUUGACAUGUUUCGCCAAGGCCAGUCUACGCUUGUCCGCCAGCGUUAUCACUUCCCCAAUGACUGGCUGCAUAUUGAGCAAAUCGACAGCCAGUGGGAGGCGCUCAAGGAGAUUCUUGAGAAGAAAUCUCGUGUGAUGGAGGAGCAGUCGGACGCGAUGCGAGCCAACAUUAUCGCCCAGGACAAGCUUGUUAGCGGACGCAUUGCUGAAAUUGUGGCGCAAUGGAAUGAAGACAAGCCUGUCUCUGGUACGAUCCAACCCGAUGUUGCUUCUGCGACCCUGAGUGGCUUCGAGACUCGUAUUUCUGCUAUUCAGGAAGACCUACAGCAAGUCAUCAAGGCCAAGGAAGCACUGGACUUGCCCGGAUCCGCAGACGAUUCUCUUGAGGCAACAUUGGAAGAAGUGCGUGACUUCCAGUCUGUCUGGUCCAACCUCUCCACAAUCUGGGCCAACUUGAACGAAACUCGAGACAUCCUUUGGACAGCUGUACAGCCUCGCAAGAUUCGCUCCAAGGUAGACGAUCUUAUCAAGAGCACCAAGGAGAUGCCCAGCAGAAUGCGCCAGUACGCUGCAUUUGAACAUGUCCAGGGCAUUCUCCGUGGGUUUCUCAAAGUCAACCCUAUUCUCUCCGACCUCAAGUCUGAUGCCAUCCGCGAGCGUCAUUGGCACAAGAUCUACAAGCAGAUUAAACCGCAGAAACGCUUCUCCCCUAGCUCUAUGACGCUUGGUGAUGUCUGGGACCUGAAUCUGGUUGCUACUGAAGCCAUCGUCAAGGACAUCAUCGCCCAAGCCCAAGGUGAAAUGGCCCUGGAAGAAUUUCUGAAGCAGGUCCGCGAGACUUGGCAAAACUACGCGCUCGAAAUGGUCAACUACCAGAAUAAAUGCAGACUGAUUCGCGGUUGGGACGACCUGUUUGCCAAGUGCAGUGAAAAUUUGAACUCUCUGCAGGCUAUGAAGCACUCGCCCUAUUACAAGGAAUUUGAGGAGGAGGCCGUCUCCUGGGAAGACAAGCUCAACCGAGUUCACGUCUUGUUUGAUGUCUGGAUCGAUGUACAGCGCCAGUGGGUGUACCUCGAGGGCGUCUUCACCGGCAAUGCCGAUAUCAAGCAUCUGCUCCCUAUUGAGUCGGGUCGCUUCCAAAAUAUCAACAGCGAGUUCUUGGCUGUCAUGAAGAAGGCCAACAAGACGCCCUAUGUGCUCGAUGUCCUAAAUAUCCCCAACGCCCAAAAGUCUCUCGAACGUCUGGCUGAGAUGUUGAACAAGAUCCAGAAGGCCCUUGGUGAAUACCUUGAGAAGGAACGUGUAUCUUUCCCGCGUUUCUACUUUGUUGGUGAUGAGGAUCUUCUUGAAAUGAUUGGCAACAGUAACGACACUCUCCGUAUUGCCAAGCACUUCAAGAAGAUGUUUGCAGGCCUUUCUGGUCUCGUUAUGGAUGACGAGACGAUCAUUUCCGGAUUCACCUCGAAAGAAGGCGAAGUUGUCAAGCUGAAGAAGGAGAUUUCCUUGGCGCAAACACCGCGUAUCAACGACUGGCUUGCUUUACUCGAGAGUGGCAUGAAAACCAGCCUCGCUGAACUCCUUUCAGAGGCUGUGGAACAGUACACCCCCAUCUUCCAGUCCAGCACCAUUGACACUGCGGCGCUUCGCGACUACAUGGAAGCAUUUCCCAGUCAGAUCGUGGUUCUCGCUUCGCAGGCUGCCUGGACCACUGCUGUGGAAGAGUCUCUUGCCAACGGCGGCCAGAGUCUCCAGGUUCUGUUCGAACGAGAGGUUCAGAUUCUGCGUGUACUCGCUGACACAGUUCUGGAGGAGUUGCCUGUUAUUCUCCGCAAGAAGUGCGAACAAAUGAUUACUGAAUGCGUCCACCAACGAGACGUGAUUGAGAAGCUAGUUACUGCCAAGGCUGAUUCCCCCACGCACUACCUCUGGCAGCUGCAGAUGCGCUACGCCUACUCGUCUCAGGGUCCUGGUCCUGCCAUUGACCGUCUGCACAUUAAGAUGGCCAAUGCUAAACUCAACUACGGCUUUGAGUAUCUCGGUGUCCCGGACCGCCUCGUACGCACGCCUUUGACAGAUCGUUGCUUCUUGACUCUCACACAGGCUCUUUGUCAACGUCUGGGUGGUUCCCCUUACGGGCCUGCUGGUACUGGCAAAACCGAAUCUGUCAAGGCGCUCGGUUUGCAGCUCGGUAGAUUCACCCUCGUCUUCUGCUGUGAUGACACUUUCGAUUUUCAGGCAAUGGGUCGCAUCUUCCUCGGUAUCUGCCAAGUCGGUGCCUGGGGCUGUUUUGACGAGUUCAACCGCCUCGAAGAGCGUAUCCUCUCUGCUGUCUCGCAACAAAUUCAAAACAUUCAGCUUGGUUUGAAGCGCGGCGGCGAGGGUGAUGACUCCCAGAUUGACCUUAUUGGACGCCAGCUGCGCGUCAACGAGAACACUGGCAUCUUCAUCACCAUGAACCCUGGCUAUGCGGGUCGUUCCAACCUGCCCGACAACUUGAAGAAGCUCUUCCGCAGUGUUGCGAUGUCCAAGCCCGACAAGGAACUCAUUGCCGAAGUCAUGCUGUACUCUCAGGGCUUCAACCAAGCUAAGAAACUUUCCAAGCAGGCUGUGCCGUUCUUUGACAUGUGCUCUAAGCAGCUCUCCAAACAGGCGCAUUACGAUUUUGGUCUACGUGCACUCAAGAGUGUUCUGGUCAGUUCUGGCGGUCUCAAGCGUGCUCGCAUCACCGACAGCCAGCUCGGCACUGAAGAAGUCGUCGAGCCUGAAAUUAUCGUGCAGAGUGUCCGCGAGACUAUCGCUCCCAAGCUCAUCAAAUCUGAUGUAGAUAUCAUGACAAAGAUUGAGGGCGAAUGCUUCCCCGGCGUUGAAUAUGUGCCGGCGAAUUUGCAUGCUCUCGAGGAGGCUAUUCGUGCUAUUGCGGCCGAGAGACACUUGGUUGUCACUGAUAUUUGGAUGACCAAGGUUCUCCAGCUCUACCAGAUUCAAAACAUUCAUCAUGGUGUUAUGAUGGUUGGAAACUCUGGAAGCGGCAAGUCGGCAGCUUGGAGGCUGCUACUCGAUGCCCUCCAGCGCGUCGAAUGCAUUGAAGGUGUUUCUCACGUCAUUGACUCCAAGGUUAUGUCCAAGGAAGCUCUUUAUGGUAACCUCGACUCCACGACUCGCGAGUGGACUGACGGUCUCUUUACGAGUAUUCUGAGAAAGAUUGUCGACAACUUGCGUGGUGAAGAUUCCAAGCGUCACUGGAUCGUAUUUGAUGGUGAUGUCGAUCCUGAAUGGGUUGAAAACCUGAACAGUGUCCUCGAUGACAACAAACUGCUCACCCUACCUAAUGGUGAGCGUCUGAAUCUGCCAGCAAACGUCCGCAUCAUGUUUGAAGUUGAGACCCUCAAGUACGCCACUCUGGCUACUGUCUCUCGUUGUGGUAUGGUUUGGUUCAGCGAGGAAACUGUCUCACCCAACAUGGUCAUCACGAACUAUCUUGAGUCGCUGCGCAACGUGCCCUUUGAGGAUCUCGAUGAGGACAGUGUCGCCACUGGUCAGAGCGCUGCUAAAACGCUCGCUGUGCAGAGCCAGGCUGCAGAUCUUCUCCAGGGCUAUCUGGAGGGUGACAACUUUGUCGCGCAAGCCCUCGAAAAGUCUGAAAAGUACAACCAUAUUAUGGAUUUCACCGUUGCUCGUGUUCUUACUACCCUCUUCUCUCUCCUGAACAAGGCUGUCCGCGACAUGAUCGAGUACAAUAGCCAACACUCCGACUUUCCUCUUGAGCUGGAGCAGAUUGAGGCCUUCCUUCCCAAGAGACUGCUGCUUGCUCUUGUUUGGGCGUUCACUGGUGACUGCCCUCUUGAUGAUCGUAAAGCUUUUGGUGACGAGAUUUGUACUUUCGCCAACUUUGGAUCACCGCCCCUCGACGGCUCCAGCUCUUUAAUCGACUUCGACGUGAAUCUGCCCAAGGCGGAGUGGAACUCUUGGCAGACUCAAGUGCCAUCUAUCGAGGUCAACACCCACUCCAUCAUCCAAACAGACGUUGUCAUUCCUACGCUGGAUACUGUGCGCCACGAAGACAUUUUGUACUCUUGGUUGGCCGAGCACAAGCCGCUCCUACUGUGCGGUCCUCCCGGUUCCGGGAAAACAAUGACGCUGUUCAGCGCCCUUCGCAAGUUGCCCAACAUGGAAGUCGUCGGACUCAACUUUUCCAGUGCCACUACUCCCGACCUUCUGAUCAAGACCUUUGAGCAAUACUGCGAGUACAAGAAGACCCUGAAUGGCGUGAUGCUCUCGCCGACGCAGAUCGGACGCUGGCUUGUUGUCUUCUGCGAUGAGAUCAACCUGCCCGCGCCUGACAAGUACGGAACUCAGCGUGCCAUUUCUUUCCUCCGCCAGCUUGUUGAGCACAACGGAUUCUGGCGCACCUCGGAUAAGUCAUGGGUUACUCUGGAUCGGAUACAGUUCGUUGGUGCCUGCAACCCGCCUACCGAUGCCGGCAGAACGCCCAUGGGCGCCAGAUUCCUUCGCCACGCUCCCCUCAUCAUGGUUGACUACCCCGGUGAGCUGUCUCUUAACCAGAUUUACGGCACAUUCAACUCGGCUGUGCUCAAGAUAAUUCCUGCUCUUCGUGGAUACGCCGAGCCUCUCACGCAAUCCAUGGUCCGCUUUUACCUUGAGUCACAGAAACGCUUCACCCGCCAGAUUCAGCCUCAUUACGUAUACAGUCCCCGUGAACUCACACGCUGGGUGCGUGGUGUCUACGAAGCCAUUAAGCCGCUUGAGACACUGUCCAUUGAAGGUCUUGUGCGCAUCUGGGCCCAUGAAGCUCUGCGCCUAUUCCAGGAUCGUCUCGUGGCUGAAGAGGAGCGCAAGUGGACGGAGGAGUCAGUUCAGAGGAUUGCUCUCCAGUACUUUCCUACCAUAAAUGAGGAAAAGGCUCUUGGAGGCCCAAUCCUGUUCUCCAACUGGCUGUCCAAGAAUUACAUUCCCGUCGAUCGCGAGCAGCUGCGAGAAUUUGUCAAGGCACGCCUCAAGACUUUCUGCGAAGAAGAAGUCGACGUUCCCCUCAUUCUCUUCAACGAUGUGCUGGAGCACGUGUUACGCAUUGAUCGUGUAUUCCGCCAGCCCCAGGGCCACUUGAUUCUCAUUGGUGUCAGUGGCUCUGGCAAGACUACGCUCUCGCGCUUCGUCGCCUGGAUGAAUGGCCUCAAGGUGUUCCAGAUCAAGGUGCACGGCAAGUACUCCGCGGAAGACUUUGACGACGAUUUACGUGAGGUCUUGCGUCGCUGCGGUUGCAAGGGUGAAAAGAUUUGCUUCAUCAUGGAUGAGUCAAACGUUUUGGACUCUGGUUUCUUGGAGCGCAUGAACACCUUGCUUGCCAACGCCGAAGUCCCUGGUCUCUUCGAAGGGGACGAGUAUGCUGCUCUCAUGACUGCUUGCAAGGAAGGUGCGCAACGCCAGAACCUGCACCUGGACUCUCCGGAAGAACUGUAUAAGUGGUUCACUCAGCAAAUUGUCAACAACCUGCAUGUUGUCUUCACUAUGAACCCACCCGAGGAUGGACUCUCCUCCAAGGCUGCGACAAGUCCCGCCUUGUUCAAUCGUUGUGUGCUCAACUGGUUCGGCGACUGGUCCGACCAAGCACUCUUCCAGGUCGGCCACGAACUUACCCAGUCUAUUGAUCUGGAUAAGAGUAGUUGGUCUGCACCUGAUACUGUGCCCGUUGCGUACCGUGGCCUCAACCUACCACCUUCUCACCGCGAGACCAUUAUCAACUCCAUGGUGCAUAUCCACUACUCGCUGGCGAGAUAUAACGAGAAGUUGUACAAGCAACAGAAGAAAAUCACCUUCCUCACCCCGCGUCAUUUCUUGGACUUCGUGGGCCAAUAUGUUAAGUUGUAUACGGAGAAGCGUGAGGAUCUUGAGGAACAGCAACGCCAUCUGAAUGUUGGUCUCGAGAAGCUUAGAGACACUGUCGACAAGGUGCGCGAUCUUCGCGUCAGCCUGGCUGAAAAGAAAGCCCAGCUCGAGCAGAAGGAUGCGGAGGCGAACGAGAAGCUGCAGCGCAUGGUUGCUGACCAGCGUGAGGCAGAGCAGAGGAAGAACACGUCGUUGGAGAUUCAGGCUUCUUUGGAGAAGCAGGAGGCUGAAGUGGCCUCGCGGAGGAAGGUUGUAUUGGAAGAUCUUGACAAGGCUGAGCCUGCCGUCGAAGAGGCCAGGGCCAGUGUCAGCAACAUCAAGCGUCAGCACCUAACAGAAGUCAGAUCCAUGGGUAACCCGCCGCAGGGUGUCAGACUGGCGCUCGAUGCCGUCUGCACGCUGCUUGGUCACCGCAUCACCGAAUGGAAGGCCGUUCAAGCCAUUGUGCGCAAGGACGACUUUAUUGCAAGCAUUCUCAUGUUCGACAAUGCCAAGCAGAUGACCAAGGCGCUACGGAACAAGAUGCGCAACGAAUUUUUGUCUAUUCCCGAGUUUACCUUUGAAAAAGUCAACCGCGCAUCCAAGGCAUGCGGUCCCCUUGUUCAGUGGGUAGCUGCUCAGGUAAACUACUCGGACAUUCUGGACCGUGUUGGUCCUCUGAAGGAGGAAGUUACCCAACUUGAAGAGCAGGCGCUGCAAACCAAGGCCAACGCCAAGGCCGUUGAGAACAACAUUGCAGAACUUGAGUCCAGCAUCAACACUUACAAGACCGAAUAUGCUGCACUCAUUAGCGAGACGCAAGCGAUCAAGGCGGAAAUGUCCAAGGUUCAGUUCAAGGUUGACCGCAGUGUCCGCCUGCUGGACAGCCUUUCCUCUGAACGCACCCGAUGGGAGGAAGGAAGCAAGUCUUUUGAGACACAGAUUAGUACCUUGGUCGGUGACGUCCUGGUUGCCGCUGCGUUCCUUGCGUACAGUGGGCUGUACGACCAGCAGUUCAGAAAGUCCAUGAUGGAUGACUGGCUACACCAGCUCUACCUCUCCGGUAUCCGGUACAAGUCACCUAAUCCCGUUACCGAGUACCUGUCAAGUGCGGAUGAGCGCUUAGGCUGGCAAGAGAACUCACUGCCAGUGGAUGACCUUUGCACGGAAAAUGCCAUCAUUCUCAAGCGCUUCAACCGCUACCCGCUGAUCAUUGAUCCCUCUGGCAGAGUCACGGAAUUCUUGCAGAAGGAGUGUAAAGAUCGUCGCUUGACGGUGACCAGCUUUCUGGAUGACACGUUUACGAAGCAACUUGAAUCUUCGCUUCGUUUCGGCAACCCCAUAUUGAUCCAGGACGCUGAGCAUCUUGACCCCAUCUUGAACCACGUUCUCAACAAGGAAUAUCAACGCACCGGUGGCCGUGUCCUCAUUCAACUGGGCAAGCAGGAGAUUGAUUUCUCGCCAGCGUUCAAACUGUAUCUUUCUACCAGAGACCCAUCAGCAACCUUUGCGCCUGAUAUUUGCAGUCGUACGACAUUUGUCAAUUUUACCGUCACGCAAAGCAGUUUGCAAACGCAGUCGCUCAACGACGUUCUCAAGUCGGAGCGUCCUGACGUUGAUGAGAGGCGAUCCAACCUCAUCAAGCUGCAGGGCGAGUUCAAGGUCCAUCUACGACAGCUGGAGAAGCAACUUUUGCAAGCCCUCAACGAGUCGCGUGGCAACAUUUUGGACGACGACAACGUCAUUGAGACUCUAGAGACGCUCAAGAGAGAAGCUGCCGAGAUUUCUGCCAAGAUGAGCAACACGGAAGGCGUCAUGGCCGAAGUGGAGGAAAUUACGCAACAAUACGGCGUGGUUGCCCGAGCCUGCAGUGCGGUUUUUGCUGUGCUCGAGAACCUCCAUUACCUCAACCACUUCUACCAGUUCUCGCUGCAGUACUUUUUGGACAUUUUCCAGUCCGUUCUGCACAACAACAACAACCUGGCCAAUGUGACAAAUCACAACGAACGCCGGGACGUCAUUGUCAAGGACUUGUUUGUCAAUACCUUCAAGCGCACGGCACUCGGGCUACUGCAGAAGGACCGUGUUGCACUAGCUCUCCUGCUUGCGCAAGCAACGCCGUACAAGAUGGACAAGUCUCUGCUCGACAAUGUCCUGGACAAGCGAUUUGAAGGACGCGAUCUGUCUUCGAACCCUGACGCGAGAGAUGAGACCUUUAUCGAGGCGAGGAAGAAUGGGGCACUGAAGGAGGUUAUCGAUGCAGUCGAGGAGUCAGACUGGGACAGGUUCUUCACGGAAGAGCUUGGCGAAAAUGCUGUCCCCAAAAUUUGGAGCGACAGUGCAAAUUCCAUGGACCAGGCUCUACUUGCGCUGCUGCUCGUCAAGUGCUUCAGAAUGGACCGCUUCGUGCCUGCUGCGGAGCGUUUCGUUGCGCAAGUGUUUGGAGCCGAGACGUUUGAUAUUGUGGAGGAUCUCAAGGACACGGCGAUGCAAGUGUCUGCGACGCUGCCUGUUGCUCUUGUUUCUACGCCUGGAUUCGAUGCUAGUUACAAGGUGGACAACCUGGUGGAGAGAGUCAAGGUCAAGUGCACCAACAUUGCGAUGGGUUCCAACGAAGGACUGGCGAGCGCGGACAAGGCCAUCACGAGCGCGGCAGAGACUGGAUCAUGGGUUCUUGUCAAGAAUGUUCACCUGGCGCCGACGUGGCUGCAGAGUUUGGAGAAGCGCAUGGAGUCGCUGAACCCGCACAAGGAGUUCCGACUGUUCCUGUCGAUGGAGUCGAGCCCCAGGAUUCCUGUCAACCUGCUGCGCGCCUCGCGGGUGCUCAUGUACGAGCAGCCUGCGGGUGUUCGCGCCAACAUGAAGGACUCGAUGUCGUCGCUGUCGACACGGGCUGGCAAGAGCCCCGUGGAGAGAGCGCGUCUGUAUCUCCUCAUCUCGUUCCUGCAUGCGGUGGUGCAGGAGCGGCUGCGGUAUGCGCCGACUCUUGGGUGGAAGGGUUUCUGGGAGUUCAACGACAGCGACUACGAAUGCUCUGCGUUUAUUAUCGACACUUGGCUGGACACUGUGGCGGGCAACCGUACCAACAUUGCGCCGCAGAAUAUCCCAUGGGACAUGAUUUGCUACCUGGUAACGGAGACGUACGGCGGCAAGGUGGAUGACGAAGGCGACUUUGGCCUUCUGCGACAGCUGGUGCACCAGAUGCUGACGCCAGCGGCGUACGAGGUGGACCACAAGUUGGUGGACGGGCCGGACGGGGGCCUGACGGUGCCGUCGGGGACGAGGCUGGAAGAGUUUGUGGGGUGGGUGCACAACCUGCCGGAGCGUGAGCCGCCGACGUACCUGGGGCUGCCAGCGAACGCGGAGAAGCUGCUGCUGGGUGGCCUGGGACGCAGUCUGGUUGAGAAUGUUCGGAGCGUGACGGAGAUUUUGGAUGAGGGAGAGCAGCUGAUGGCAGACGGGUGA